AUGACCACAAAGCAGCCAUUGGAGGAGAAUGUCGAUGACGACGGCGAGGGCUCGUUACCUCAAAAGCCGCAGCCUACGACGGGCUCGGGUGAAUUCGUUGCUCGCAAGGCCCGAUAUACUGUCAGGGAACCUUUCAUGGCCACCUUCUUUUCAACAAUUCUCAUUGACGAGGCAUAUAUUUGUCGGAAUUUCAAGAAUAUCAUACCAAAACUGAUCCAGAACCUGCCGUCUCGAAGUAUUGUCGCGGCCACAGCGACACCUUUACAAAAUAAGAUUUCGAAAGGAAGCCCGGAAGACGACGACGAGGAGGAAUCCGAACGUAGGGACAAGACGAACGUAGCUUCCAUUUCUACCCAGCAGAGAGCGUUGCCAAGGGACGUGCUGAGCAGGUUUCGCCUAGCCCAGCGAAUCAAUUUUGAUGCGAGGGAAGCGGAUUCCCUCUCUGCCGAGAGUGCCCCGGCCACAGCUAGCUCUUACAACAGGCUAGAGGUAGUCAAAUCCUGGAUGUCAAUAUCCGACUACGGCUCAGAAACCAUUGAAGCGACGCGCCCGGCAUCGCAGAGGGCGGCUAUUCUGCGCCGGUUCAACUCGCCGCAUGCCGCUUCAUAG